UUAAAUGUGUAUUUUCAGAGAGUUGGUCAGCAUAGGCUGAGAUUUUUUUUGCCACUGAAGUGGAUAGUUUACUGUCCUGUGGACGGUGGCGCAAGAGCAUACUGAUACAGAAGGCCUAGAAACUAGGCCUCUAGAAAGGGUUGCUAGGCGUAGUAUAUCUGAGUAUACUCACAAAUUAAUGUUGUAUCAGUGUCAGGCAGGUUUAGGAGAGAACAAAGUUAUGAAGGUAAUACUGUAAGAGAAGACAGGUGACGCCCGGCAUAGAACAGGCUGAGGACGUGACAGGUGAAGAUCGCGCUACAGCACGCUGAGGACGUGACAGGUAACACCCGCAUUGCAGCACGCUAAGGACGUGACAGGUGACACCUGCACUACGACACGUUAUAGGAAGAUGGAGAAAAAACAUUUACUAUUCACUGUCCUCUCCUUUGUGGCUGUGAACACACUAAAAUCCGCACAAGGUGUAGUGAGGAAUACAACUUCAGGCUGUGAGGUGACUGUGGAUCUCACCGACGGUCAAACACCCGCCGUGAAACACACGACCCUGGGAGGCUCUCCACAGAUAGCAUUAGUCUUGAAUGUGGAUGGCGUCAGUAAUCCAGAAGAAAUCAAAUUAAAGACAAAGGUAGUGUCUACUUUAUGGAUUUGGUGUUAUUCAACAAGACUGGAUACUGCAGCAGUGUUCAGCUGUCUUGUGCUAAAAGACGGUUCAACAGAGGGUACAGUAUAA